AUGACAGCAGAAAUUAGGAAAUUUGUAGUUGAUUUCGCAGAGCAGAAGAAGGACGGAAUUGUGGCAUCAGACGACCUGAUCAGCUACCUACAGGCCGUGAUGAAGGUGAGAAACAGCAAGAUAUUCGCAGCAAAGGAGCUGCAGUUCAAGGACAACACCACCUCAGUAGAAAUAGAGUGUAAGGAGAAUGCAGUCGUAAAGAAGAACAUGAAGCAGUAUGUGAGAAGGUUUCUUCGAUACAAGAGCCUAGCAAACUACAUCAAAGUCAUGGGAGACGGCAGCAACAAAAUCAGCCUGAAUUACAUAAAUCCAGUUGAGGAGGAUGCUGAGGAAUAA